AUGCGCCGCCGGUGCAAGUCGCUGCAAGCACAGCUUCGCUCAGCACGCCUAGAACGCAAGCCGUCGGCGCAAGGCGCUUCCACGUACGAUCUUGCAGCAUCGACCAUGGCUCUUUGGGUGUGUCUGAACCUCGAUGACCACCGACUAGGUCCCAUGUCGACAUACGUACUGGAGCUUGUGCCCGACCUCUUUGAUGCCUUCCAACUGCGCGAUAAUGAAGAGCUGUCGAGCACAGCGCAUGAUGUGCUGGUGCAGGUCGCUUCGUUUCCCUUCAGCGAGGUCCAAGUGCCAGCGCUCGUCGACUGUCUGCUGCGAAUUGCGCGCAGCUCCAACUCAUGGCAUUCGCGUCUCGACGCUUUGCCGUUCCUGCAAAUCGUGUAUUUCCAAAAUCUCUUUUACUUGUCGCAAUCCAUGAAGGAAGAGAUCCUCCAUGUGCUGCACACCCUACUGAGUGAUCCGCAUAUCGAAGUGCGCGACAUGGCUGCAGCGACCCUAUCGGGUAUUGUGCGAUGCUCACAGCGUGCUCACAUCACCGACCUAUCACAGCGCUUUGCCGUCAUGGCCGCAACGCCACUUCCUCGUCGUGGCACGCCGGGCAUUGAGGAAGCCAUCACGCGUGUGCACGCUGGCGUGCUGGGUGCAUCGGCUCUGAUCGCUGCAUUCCCGUACGAAGUGCCCGACUGGAUGCCUGCACUAGUGCUUGAUACCGUCGCCAUCCACUCAGAAAGCCCUGUGCCUAUCUCGACGACCGCUCGGCGCUGUGCGGCCGAUUUCCGGCGCACGCAUCAGGACACGUGGGCCGAUGACCAGCACAAGUUUGGCGAACGUGUUCAGGAGCUGCACGACUUUACACUUGGACGCAGUGACUAUUUCGUGUAG